AAAAGUUCUAUAUAUUCAAGUCAUUCUCAAUUUUACUCUCAUUCCAUUAACGGAAAAACAAACUCCAAAAUCCACCAUCUUGAAAAUAGAAAAAAAUCUUUAGGCAAUGGCACUAACAGACUUACAACUCUCAAACUCAUUACUCAUUUGCCUUGUUCCUUUUCUCCUCCUUCUCUUCAUCAUACUCAAGAAAACAACAACUAAUAGUACUCUUUUGUCUAGUAAAAUACCAAAAUCAUAUCCUAUCAUUGGUUCCUAUUUUUCCAUCAUAGCAAAUCAGGAGCAGCGAAUUCAAUGGAUAUCCGAUAUUAUCUUAAGCACCCCUAAACUUACUUUCACUCUCAUUCGACCCCUCAAUUUCCAUACUAUUUUCACUGCCAACCCAUCAAACGUCCAACACAUGCUCAAAACAAACUUCCAUGUUUACCAAAAAGGUCAAAAAUCAAACUCUACCCUUGCAGAUUUCCUCAGUAAUGGCAUUUUCAAUGUUGAUGGUGAUAUAUGGAAGUACCAAAGACAAGUUGCUAGUCAUGAAUUUAACACUAAGUCCUUAAGAAAAUUUGUCGAGACAGUUGUUGAUACAGAAUUAUCCGAACGUUUAAUUCCAAUUCUUGCUAAUGCUGCUGCUGAAAAAAAAGUUCUUGAUUUACAAGACAUUUUACAAAGGUUUGCUUUUGACAACAUUUGUAAAAUUGCAUUUGGAUACGACCCAGGGUACUUGUUACCCUCUCUGCCCGAGGCAGAAUUUGCGGUUGCAUUUGAAGAUUCUGUUCGCCUAAGCAGUGAAAGAUUCAUUUAUCCCUUCCCACUUAUAUGGAAAAUCAAACGUGCUCUAAACAUUGGGUCAGAGAAAAAAUUACGUAUUGCAGUGCAACAAGUACGUGAAUUCGCGAAAAAAAUUGUGAGAGAGAAACAAAGGGAGCUAAACGAAAAAUCAUCGCUCGAUUCAGCUGAUUUGUUAUCAAGAUUCUUGAGUACAGGGCACUCUGAUGAAGACUUUGUGACAGAUAUUGUGAUAAGUUUUAUAUUGGCUGGACGUGACACGACUUCUGCUGUAUUAACAUGGUUUUUCUGGCUGAUUUCGAAAAACCCCGAAGUGGAAUUUCGAAUCUUGGAAGAACUAGGAGAAAAAAAUGAGGCUUUAAUGCUAUAUGAUGAAGUGAAGAACAUGAUGUAUACACAUGCUUCACUUUGUGAAAGCAUGAGAUUUUAUCCACCAGUUCCGAUGGAUUCUAAAGAAGCAGUUAAGGAUGAUGUAUUACCAGAUGGUACGUUUGUGAAAAAAGGAACAAGAGUAACUUAUCAUCCUUAUGCAAUGGGGAGAUCAGAGGAAAUAUGGGGGGGAAAUUGGGCUGAGUUUAAGCCAGAGAGAUGGUUGAAUAAAGAUGAAGUGACAGGAAAUUGGAAGUUUGUAAGCAAAGAUGUGUAUGCAUAUCCUGUUUUUCAAGCUGGUCCAAGAAUUUGUUUGGGAAAAGAAAUGGCAUUUUUGCAAAUGAAGAGGGUGGUUGCUGGUGUUUUGCAGCGGUUUAAGGUGGUUCCGGUGGCGGAAAAAGGGGUGGAGCCGAUGUUCAUAUCAUAUCUCACUGCAAAGAUGAAGGGAGGUUUCCCUGUUACCAUUGAAGAAAGGAUAUAGAAAUAGUCUACCGUGGCCAAAAGUGAUGUUUUGCUUUGAAGUCUUCUGCUUUUUCAAUUUUGCAUGAUCGUGACAUUCAUGAUUUUUUGUAUUUAUAUUGUUGUCAAUAUCCUUCUGUUAGUCCUCAUAAUUCCUGUAAGAUAAAGUCGUAUAAGGGGUUGAAUGUCUUCCAAAUGUCUGUAUAUUUAUAAUUGCUUCUUAGAUUCAUCAACAAAGUCUUCUUGCAACAUUAUAAUA